AUGCUGUUCACGCCUCUUGCUGCCUUCUCUUUGGCCAUUCUUCCGUCCACAAUCAACGCAUACCCUGUCAAGACUGACGACCUGCACUGUCGCUCCGGUCCGGGUACCAACUAUGCUGUUGUAAAGUCAUACAAAAUUGGAACCGACCUUACCAUUACUUGCCAGGCUCCGGGCACUGUGGUCAGUGGGGAUGAGCUGUGGGACAAGACCUCGGACGGCUGCUAUGUGAGCGACUACUAUGUCAAAACCGGCACAAGCGGCUAUGUCACCAAGCAAUGUGGCAGCGGAAGCAGCGGCGGCUCCGGCUCUGGUGCAGCGAUCGUCGCUGCUGCUGAGAAGGAGAAAGGUCUCCCCUAUGUCUUUGGCGGUGGAGGCUGUGCCGGCCCCUCUAGCGGAGGCUUUGACUGUUCGGGGUUGACUCAGUAUUCGCUCUGCAAGGCGUUGAACAAGAAGAUUCCUCGUGAUGCGCAGUCGCAGUAUGACGCCACCAGCCAAGGCAAGCGCAUCCCUCGGGCUCAGGCACAAGAGGGCGAUCUUCUCUUCUGGGCCAACAAUGGCAAUUGUAAUACCGGCGUUGCCCACGUUGGGAUCUUCAUUCGCGACGGUUUGAUGAUCAAUGCGGCACACACUGGUACUCCGGUCCGGGAGCAGUCAAUUUGGACAUCCUCUGGCGGCGAAAGCAUCUGCCCAUAUGCCAUGCGAUUCUGGUGA